CGAGCCUUCGAUUGGCUAAGCACUCCGGGAGGGGGCGGGGCCGAAGCGCGGGCGGGCCUUCCGCCGGAAGCCGCCUGUGCGGAGAGCGAGGCCAAGCCGGGCGUGAGGCGUUGGAGUCGGGAGCUAUGAACAUCCGGAACGCGCGGCCCGAGGACCUGAUGAACAUGCAGCACUGUAACCUGCUGUGCCUGCCCGAGAACUACCAGAUGAAGUACUACUUCUACCACGGGCUCUCCUGGCCCCAGCUCUCCUACAUCGCUGAGGAUGAGAACGGGAAGAUCGUGGGCUACGUCCUGGCCAAGAUGGAAGAGGACCCGGACGACGUCCCCCACGGGCACAUCACGUCCCUGGCGGUGAAGCGCUCCCACCGGCGCCUGGGGCUGGCGCAGAAGCUCAUGGACCAGGCAUCGCGCGCCAUGAUCGAGAAUUUCAACGCCAAGUACGUCUCACUGCACGUGCGGAAGAGUAACCGGGCGGCUCUGCACCUCUACUCCAACACACUCAACUUCCAGAUCAGUGAGGUGGAGCCCAAGUACUACGCGGAUGGGGAAGAUGCCUAUGCCAUGAAGCGGGACCUCACCCAGAUGGCGGACGAGCUGCGGAAACAGGUGGAGCAGAAGGAACGGGGCCGCCCAGCAGGGCCAGGGCCCGGGGAGCCCCCUCGGGGCGAGGGCUGUGGGCCCGGGGGGGUCCCCCUGGCGGCAGUGCCGCCCCCCCCUGAAGACAGUGGGGCUGACAGCAAGGACGUGAGCGAGGUGAGCGAGGCCACCGAAAGCACCGACGUCAAGGACAGCUCUGAGGCCUCCGACUCCGCUGCCUAGGGGGGGCCCCAAGGGGGGGUGUGGGGCCCCCCUGCCCCCCCGCCAUGGCAGGGGCAAUAAACCCCUCCCCGCUC